GGCAACGAACUCAUGCAGGGCUUCAAAAUGAACGGACGGGUAGUCGACCCCAACAAACAGUCCAUUAUUGUCGAGCUCUUGCUCAUGAAGAAGCAACAGUCCAGACAACAGCAACGCAUUGAAAAUAUCCGGCGUUUAGUGGAAACGGCGGAGAAGUAUAGGAAACGCAAGAUAUCCGUACAACUGGUCAAAGACCUGCUCUUCACGACCACUCCCGAGAUGGCCGACGCACUCAUACAGCAGGUGCCCGAAGACGAUCAGUACGACUCUAUGAAGGCGUCGUCCGGUAUAUGCGCUAUACUAUGACCCCUACACUCAUCACUAGUGCCCAGCAUUGCGCUCAUCAUCUCACUGUCCACUAGAGGUAUUGCCAACCAAUUGAGUGGUGUAUGGGUUACGUAAUCACUACAACACCCAAUCACACGCACCGUCACCGAGAAAGUGUUAGAAAUGACGAUUACAUCUGAGCAUAAUGCAUUCAACGGCUAUAAUAUUAGUGAACCAAUGACUCAAUUUUCAAUCAUGUAGUCUAUAUGACAGCCGCUAUAUUUAAUUAUUUCAUUCAGAAUUGACUCAUUGGUUCAAUUCUAGUCACAAUUUAUUCAAUCAGAUUGACGUCACUUCAGGGCUGUACAUAGAGUACGCCAAUUGGGGACAAACUUUUACUACAAUUUUAGUAAUUUUCAUAACAAAUUCAAUUUUAAAGUUUAAAUGCCAU